AGAUUAUAGUUUGGUUCUUUCCUGCUGUCCGAUUAGAGAGAAAGUCUUUCUGUUUUCCUUUCAUGCUCUGCCUACUUCGAGGAAGUCGACGGAGAUGGUGGUGCUCGUUCAACCGACGCCGAAUCUCUCCCCGCCGUCCAUGGUCCUUCACUAUGCGGCAAGCACAAGGAAGAGCAGGAAAUUGAAGCUUACUCGGAAACUAGAGAAGCAAUACCAGCAAGGCAACAGCGGUAUGGCACUCAGCUUCCCGAAAUCAUCGCCGACUCCAGUCCUCAUCGGACGCAAUCCGUUUCCCCGGACUCCCCUUGAAGCUUUGGAUAAAGUUGUCGACGAAAUCGAAACCUCUGUCCAAAAGGGGAUUAAUAUGGACGCGGAAACCUUCGCUUCGAUUUUAGAGACGUGUUACCGGCUCGAUUCAAUCGAACAUGGGAUCAGGAUUCAUCGACUUCUACCCUCGGCCCUUCUGCACAAGAACUUCGGAGUCGCCGCCAAAUUGUUGCGGCUGUAUGCCGCGAGUGGGUAUUUGGAUGAGGCGCACCAGGUGUUCGAUCAAAUGUCUAGGAGAAAAGACUCUGCUUUUACCUGGAACUCGCUGAUUGCUGGGUAUGCGGAAUUGGGUCAGUAUGAAGAUGCCAUGGCGCUCUACUUUCAGAUGGAGGAAGAUGGCGUGAAACCGGACAGAUUCACUUUCCCCCGUGUCUUGAAAGCUUGCGCCGGAAUCGGUGCGAUUCAAGUUGGGCAGGCAGUGCACAGAGACCUGGUUCGGUGGGGAUUCGGCGAUGACGGGUUCGUUCUGAAUGCACUGAUCGAUAUGUACGCGAAGUGCGGCGACAUUGAGAAAGCUCGGAGCAUAUUCGACAAGAUUGGUCACAAGGAUUCCAUUUCAUGGAACUCCAUGCUCACUGCCUACAUUCGUCACGGCUUAAUAGCAGAGGCAUUGCGCAUUUUCAGCAGGAUGAUUCACGAAGGCGUUGAUCUCGACUCGGUCACCGUAUCAACAAUCCUCGCCAACGCAGCUCCUUUACAUCUCAAACAUGAAAUCCAUGGAUGGACCACCAAGCGAGGAAUGCAAUGGGAACUAUCCAUCGUCAAUUCCUUGAUCGUCGUCUAUGCAAACAGCGGUUAUCUAACCGAUGCACGCUGGCUGUUCGACAAUAUGCCCGAGAGAGAUCUCGUAUCGUGGAACUCCAUCAUCUCAGCUCACAGCAAGCACCCUGAAUCGCUGGCCUACUUCAGAGAGAUGGAGAUGGAUAACGUCAUGCCGGACAAGGUUACAUUCGUGGCGACGCUAUCGGCCUGUGCUCAUAUGGGUCUGGUGGAGGAAGGGGAGAGGCUGUUUUCUCUAAUGGUGGAGAAGUAUGCGAUGAAACCCAUCAUGGAGCAUUACGCCUGUAUGGUGAACCUCUACGGCAGGGCUGGAUUGAUCGAUACAGCAUACGACUUCGUCAUAGAGACGAUGGAGCUGGAAGCUGGACCGACUGUGUGGGGGGCUCUGUUGCAUGCUUGUUGUGUGCACAGGAAUUUGGAGGUCGGAGAGGUUGCCGCUCAGUGCCUGUUCGAGCUGGAACCUGAUAACGAGCACAACUUCGAACUUAUGGCGAAGAUCUACAGCGAUGGUGGUCGGGUGGAGGAUGCGGAGAGAGUGAGACGAAUGAUGGUGGAUAGAGGGCUGUAAAAAUGCCCGAGUGUGUAUAUGGCAAGUUAGGCUUAUGUUUUACUGUGGCAAUUUCUUCACAGCAAAUCCACUUCUGCUUCGUCCGUCCCACAAGAAUUCUAGUUCCAUUUUGAGGUAAAAAAGAAUGCACAGUUUAUUGCUUGGUAGUUGAUAGUGUGAUCAUACACUUGGAUACAUACAUCAAAGUUGGGAACAGAGAAUUGAUGGCUGCUGGUUUGACAAACUCAAAGUGAUGAACCCCGACACUUCCUAGCUCAUUUCUGACAAGUGGAUAAGAAGGGUCUGGUUGGCCAUAAUUUCCGGGCAACUUUGGUGAUAGUUGGUGCUAGAUGAUGGGUCAUCGACUCAUGGGUCAUACUUUGGUACUGGCUGUUAGGUGUGGCUCUGCUCUGUUCUUUGGUUGGGCCUUUCACUGCGUGGAAUUCAAUGGCAGAGGGUCCAAAUCCAAACCUAAUCUAGUGGAUGGGUAUGUAAAGAAACAAAAUUCGGUUUAAGGUAAAUUCACGUUGAACCUUGAGAUGGCGAAUUCAAAUCCUACAUAACGACUUAGGAAUAUAGGGUACAAAAUGAU